AUGACUCCUCUCUCGGCGUCGUCUUUGUGCAGUCUCGCUCCUUCUGAACAGACUCUUCUCCGAUCGUCGUUCACGAAAACGCCGACGAUGAUUUUGGGGACGAGAACAACAUCUUCAUCCAGUCAGCAGAGCAACCGGAGAAGGUCUUCGUCUUUCUUUCUUCCUAAAGCAGCACACGCACGCGCUUCGUCUUCUUCAUCGUCAUCCAAAUCGGAACAACCAAAAGCAUCGUCGUCGUCAUCGAGGAAGAAAACAAAGAAAGCAUCUCUUCCUUCUUUGCAAGCGAAGAGAGAAAAGAAGUCUAAAACUCUCACUUCUUCUUCUUCUUCUCUGCCACGAGCGGUGGCGCUGUCGAGUAGGAGCGGUGGUGGUGGUAGGAGUAAUAGUACUGAAGACGAGAGUAGCGGCGACGAUGUGUGGUCGUCCGGCGUCGCGUUGGAGGCGGGGGACGACGCUCUACAGUUCGGAGAGCUUUUGGACGCGACGGAACCGAUGGUGCGGCAGAACGAUAAUAAUAAUAAUAAUAAUAAUAAUAAUAAUAAUAAUAAUAAUGGUAACAGUGCGGUAGCGGCAGCGACGUUAGGGCAGGCUUUGCUCGAUUCAUCUUUUCCUGCGGCGGUUGAUGAUGAUGACAGGGAGGAGAAGGAGGAGGAGGAGAAGGAGGACAACGACGACGACGACGACGACGAUUUUUAUAUCAACUUAGACCCAACGGAACACUUGUUGUCGUCCAUCAACGAAAUCACGCGCAUACAAAAAGCGAACGAAAAGCUGCGAUUGGAAAACGAGCGCAUAUUGACGCGAGCGAAAAUCGCCGAACAGAGACGAGGCGAAGAGAGGUUGGAAUCGAGCGAACACAGAGAAGAAUUGAAACGACAGGUGGAAAUGUUAACCGAGGAUUUACGAAGAGAAAAAGAAAUACGAGAAGAGGAGUUGUUCAAGGUCGAGCAAGAGAAGAAAGAGAUGAACGACUUGCUGGAAAGAGAGAAGAGCGCGUUCGAGGAAAGAGACGAGACGAGACGAGACGAGAUUGAGAGUUUAAAGGAACGAGAGGAAGAAACGAUGGCGACGUUGAAAAACGCGUUGAGGGAGGCGGAGGAUGUGGCCGAGAAACGAAGCGAUGAGCUUUCCAAGAGCGAGAACACUGUGUUGGAAACAAAACAACUCUUAGAAACGGAACAAACAAAAUCGAAAGAGUUGCAAAACGCUUUGAACGCUUUGAAAGUUGAAUCGCAAGAGUUGAAGGAAGAAACGAUCAAAGACGAGCAGUUGUUGAACGAGAAAAUCAAAGAAAAUAUGGAAACCGUGGAAAACAUCAAGUGGGAAAUGGAGACGAAAAUCAGCGCAUUGGAACUCGAUAAAGAAGAGUUGCUGAAAACGCAAGCGAGCGAUGUCGCCAAGUGGAAGAAAGAACUCGAAGAGAGAGAAUCGGCGAUACUGAAAUUGACAUUGGAACGGGACGAAGUCGCUGAAUCGUUGAGAAGAGAGAAAACCGAGCUCGAAAACGAUUUGAAAGAUGCGAACGCCGCCAUCGCGGCAUUGACUGAGCGCGUGAACAGCGAAGAUUCCGCGACACUUUUACUCGAAGAAGCGACAGUUCGAGCGGAAACGUUGGAGCAAGCGAUGGAACAUCUCGAAGAAGCUUUGCAGGAAGACUUGAUUGAAAGCGAGAUGCAAACGAUUCGCGCGAAACAAAUGCUCUCGCUCGCGGAGGAUAAAAGCGAUAGUUUAGAAAAGAGAGUGCAAAUGCUUUUAGAUGAACUGAACGAGAACGCAUCAGCGGCAGAAACGAGCAACGCUUCUCCUGCGAACGCGGACGCUCUCUCGAGAAUUAAAGAACUCGAAGACGAACUCGAAGAAGCCGGAGACAUGACGGAAAUUCGAAACGCCAUCGUGGAAGAGUGCUCGUUGAUGCGAGAAGAGGUUGAAAUCAUGGAAGAUCGCUUGGAAAAGAUGCGCAUCGAACGCGACACCGCGGUGUUAAAACUCUCCAAGUACGCCAAAGAGGAAAAAAGCGACGACAUCGACGUCGACGAGGAAGAAUCGAAAGACUGUUAUUAA